CUUCCAUCUUGCACUUUACCUUCACCUCCUCUUCCUAUCAUCACCCCUAAAGAAUGAGUCUUCGCACAUGAUGGUGAUAUCUCAGCUCAUGCGUGGAUAACAAACUCCUCGGAAAGACGCCAUUGGCCCGUAAAGAGGAGUAUGUUGCUCUUGUGCUCCCCUUACUUCGUCCUUCCCAGCCGCUCGAUUUCCUUAGCUGCAUUUGCAGCACUGCUUGUACGGGCUCCGAGCUGCGCAUGACGGCUUCGCGACAACGUUCAAGCCAUUGCGCGACAAUUACUAAUUUUCGAGCCGCAAACAGAUUCGCUGGACGAAAAAAACCCUUUCAAACGGUCUCAAUAAGAACAUUCGACCAAACGAAGCGACCAGCUAAUUAGCUGCUCGGCCACGCGCGCGCAAACCUCCAAACAACCUCUUUUUGUUCCUUGCGUUGGUAUCGUCGAACAAAUGCGAUUGCGCGCAAACUCGCGUUGUUUCUAUAAAUUCCACCGCAUAAAGUAAUUGGCUACCUCAGUCAAAUACUGACCAUUUUCGCGCUGAUUAUUUUACGUAUCGCGUGCGCGUGCGUUUUGUGCGAAGUGCUUGCAGUUGGAGAUUCUCUCUUACUAGUGGCCCGUUUCUCAAGGACCUCUCAGCUUGUCUGGACCUUGGUCUGGCGGGCGGUCACUGCAGCUCCUAGCACCAACCCCCCCAAUUUUCCAGCUUCGGGCCUGGCUUGGGUUUCCUGCCACCAGCUUUUUUUUGACAUCACCAGCCGGUGCCCAUCCUCUUGGGCUCACAUACACUCACCCAAUUUGACCCUCCUCACCUUUACUUCGCUCGCCUCAACAUUCCAGUUGGGCAAUUACACUUCUCGGUUCUGUCUCGAGUAGACUCAGUCCGGACUGAGACCUGGUCGUCCUUCCCGAGACCAUCACUGUCAUUCAGUCUGAAGAGGCCUCUCUAUUCUGAUCUGCUCACCCGUUUCGCAACUCGAAAAGAACCCGACUUUUGUACAACGCAUCAAGAGCUCCCCCACUCCACCCUCCCGAAACAUCCACCGUAACGCAACACCACACCGGCGCCCGCUGGUGAACCUUCAACUUGUCGAACUUUCGUAACCCAGUUCCUCGCCCUUUCAGCGCCGCAGACGUGACCAGAAUACGACCAUCAUCUGCUUCUUACGACCGUCACGACCCUAACGCGCCCACGACCCCUACCCAGCACCCGCAACGCCAGCAUUCAAGGACUCCAAGUCUUGGCUCACGACCGCUGUUUAAUCAGACGUCGGAUCCCAUUGAGCGGCUCUCCACGCCCCGAAGUCUUCGUCGAACCCCAAGAUUUGACGCACCUCCGACUCCAGCACCUGAGCCUCGCAAAGUCCAUAUCGCAGCUGCCUCCCUCGGUUUUGAACCCAAGGCGACCCUCGCACCCGUUGACAACCUACCGGAGAACCAUCCCACUGUAUUGGGACUCAUCCCCGUUCGUUCAGCACCGCAUCAAACUCACCGCCCCCGCCGACGGCUCUCACAGGACCUGACUGAAGAUCCUGACGAGGUGUCUUCGGAGCAUCCCCAAUCCCCUCCGAGACAGACUCCUUCCGUACCUGCAAACUAUCCAGAACCACACCCCGUGGUUAAGGUCUCCAAGCAUACCCACAGCGCCAUCCUCUUUGCACUCGAGGAGGCGCUGCGCAACCCCAAUCCUUUCACUCCAGAUCUCGAAGAGGAAUCCGCAAGCAUGGCCGAUCUUAUGGCUUCUGGAGGCAUGCCUCCAGUAUCCAAUGGCAAGCCAGCUGCCUCUCCAUUCCGCCCUGGCGCAACUCCUGGUCAAACGGGCUCACCCUCUGGUAUCAGAGGCCCAAGGAUGAUCAUGCAGGAGCGCGCAGCUCGGGAAGCGCGACAACGCGCCGAGGCAGAGGCGCAACAGCGCGAGAGAGCUGAGCAGGAGGCGCGCAUUUUGGAGCAGGCUCGGAGAGCGGAGGAACAGCGUAGAUCUGCUGGCGUUGCUGCUGGGCAGGUUCCUGACGCAGAAGCGCGUCAACCCAUGAACCCUCAGCGUCAGGCGCAAGCCGCCCCUGAUAACACAUCAGCCCGCCCCCGGGCGAAUACUACAUCACAAGUACCAGCUAGCCGGCCCGGGCGAUCUGGCACUACCAAUCAACCACCUCCCCAAACUUUCACGGGCCCAACUCCCGGAAACCAACCCAAUUUUGCUGCACAGGGCACUGAGAGCGGAAACCAGGGAGGGGCCAGUGGCUCAAAGACCCGAAAUUCUUUUCCUCAUGCGUUUGAGCGAUGGGAGACGCUAUCUGCGCACUGGGAAGGACUCACCAGCUACUGGAUCCGCAAGCUUGAACAAAACAAGGAUGAGUUGAAUCGGGAUCCUUUGAAUCAACAGCUCGCGCGCCAGGUGACAGAUCUAUCUGCGGCCGGAGCCAAUCUAUUUCAUGCCGUUGUUGAGCUUCAGCGUCUUCGCGCAAGUUCGGAGCGAAAGUUCCAGCGAUGGUUCUUCGAAACUCGAACUGAAUUGGAGCGCGCGCAAGAAGUCAAUGCCAUGUUGGAGGCUGCCCUGGACCAAGAACGUCGAGGCCGAGCAGAUGCUAUCCGAGAAGCUGUCGAGAAUGAGCAAGGAACUUCUAAAGCUCAGAAACAGCUCGCUGAGAUGCGCAAGGAGCUGUCCAUCUCUAAAGAGGAGGCGCGUCGUGCAUGGGAGGAAUUGGGACGACGUGAGCAGGAGGAACGUGAUAGAACGCUGUCGCUACAGUCAGGACAGCCUACUAUUGUUGGAGGCGUGCAAGUGGUUCCAAUGACACAUGGCGGUCCAAGCAGACAUCAAAGCAGCCGAGCUCAAGGGGCCUUUCAGACUGAGUAUGGAGCUGGCUACCCGCCUGAGACGACUUCCUCUCCCCAGACUCAGCCUCCAACAACAAAUGCUGGCGAAUAUCGUCAACAGGGUGGUGGCCUUCAAGCACCAGUAUCAGAGGGUGGUUACAGCGAAGAAGAGUAUGCAACGCCCGCUACCACCAACCCACCAAGCGGUAAACAAGAUUCUCCUUCCACCUCUACUGGAGGAGGAGGCAGUGGAGGGAGCGGAGGCCAAUGGACUGGCGCAUACUCAGACCCCCAAGACUAUUCCGGCCAAGGCUAUGGGACUCCUGGCUGGGAGACAGUCCCUCGCCAUCACCAUCCUACCCGGCUGAGUGAUGUCAUGGAAGAGGAGGAUGAACGCAGCCGAGCCAGUACGAGCCGUGUAUAGGACUCUGCGAGUUCAUGCUGAUGCGCAUGGCCGGCGUGUAUACGACUCUCUUUUCAAACAGUAAUUUAAUUGCAACCAAACGACACGUUCAUUUGAAGCCGGGACGAGUACAAAACAGCUAUGCUCCGGCAGAGCAAAGGAGAGCCCUAAUUUUUCAGAUCAGUUGUCAGUUACAGUUCUAUGUUGGAGCGUCGUCGCAUUAUUACAGCCAUUCCCGCUUUACAGCACUGGAAACUCGGUCCCAGGACGUGUUCUGACACCUGUACAUUCGACCGAAACGAGUUUCCAAGGCCAAGUCUGCAUCUAGAGAAGGUCUUCAUUAUGUCAUAAUAAUCCACACCAUGCCUGGGACCCUGUUCGAAUUGACCGCUUUUUGUUCAACCGUAUCUAUACAUCAGUUAUACACAUCGAAGCAGACUCGGGAUCACACAGCAAAACAGUUGCCUCGUGUGUUCUUACCUAUCUCUUUUAUUAUGAACUUAUCAUGAAAAGUUUCGGACGAUUGAAUCAAUAGCGACGAAGAGUUGUUGCGGAUAUGGUCUUUCCAUCACGAAAAGCUUCACUUCUGACCUGAUCAGUCCGGGGACAGCUUUUGCUACUAGGGGACGUUUGGAGUUGAUAUCUAUUGCAUGUAUGGUUUCCUUGCUAAAAUAAGAACGAGAUGAUGAGAUGUGGAGUUGAGGGUCUUGGAGUACGGAGUGCGUAUGGAAAUUGGAGUUAUUGCUGUUGUUUUUCUCACUCGCAUGGAUGACAGGAGAUCCUGGCCAACUAAUAAUUGCUAGAUGGGAUCGGUGUUGCAGGGCCACAUUCAUAAGGACUAGACUACAGGGUUAAUGUAAAUUUUCUAUGUUUUACGAUGUAAACAUUUGACCAAUUUCAAGGAACAUGUUGUAUGUUCGGGAUUGAUAUUGCAGGUGACUAGACCAACUGCAACUGCGCUCGAAGGCAUGUGUGAAUAGAAAAUGCAAAUACUCCAGCGGCAAUGCGUUGCCGUCGAUACUAUUCAUUCGAGCCUUAAAACGUAUAUAUAUGUGUGUGGACAUUGGUAUGCGAAGGGUUGUUUGAAACCCAGGAGCCUUGCCAUGGACACUAAUCAAGAAACCCAGAAGAAACUCUACACAAGAAAACGCCAUUCGUUCGCCUCUCUUACUCUUCACAACUCCGAAAGCUACAUAGAGAGAUAUUUCGUAUUCAUACAGCUGCGUCACCCCUUGUCUCAGCACCGUCCUGCUGAGAUGUGGUGCCCCAAGGAAAGCCAUCGCUGGUGCUAGCUUGUGAUGGCUGGCGGCUUCUGCUCCUGAACCAACUCAAUGAGAGGAUGUUACCAAGAGCGCCUGAGUCUGUGGAGCUCCUGUUUCUCUGGUAUCGACGGGCCUUGAGACCUGGAAAUCCUGUGCUCUUCCGCCUUCGUCGUGUAAGUCGUCGAGGUGUAGAUUCGGUGCUUGGCCCAGAUUCAUCCCCAACAGGGCAACUGGUGGAAGAUCUCUUGGUUGGGAGCAGAGGUGAGGACUCUGUAUGGCGCGGCAGUGUACUAGACCGUCUCCUAUUGCCUGGAGUACUGGGCUCAUCUCGAUCCUCCAACUCAUCCCAAAUCUCAGCUCGCUCAGCCCACCGAGGGGUCCUCUUGCGAGAGGGGACCAGUGGUGUUUCGUCAAUCGCGGGCGGGAAUGUUUGAUAUGUAUGUGGAAUUGAGUCUUCGUCUGCAACGGCAUUAUCUGAGCCAAGUAGCGACUCUUCCUCCUCGGUGUCCUCCACCAGUCCAAGACCAGGAGCAAGGGACGACUGUCCAACGCCGGGUGUAUGCUGCUCGUCGCUUAAUCGCCAUGAGAGUGCCAGGACACCCGAAAGCAGAAUGACAGUUCCUAAAGCGAUGAGACAUGCUCUUAGAGGCGAUAUUAGGCUUGUCUGGUUGAAAUAUAUCAAGCCGUCAAGAAUGGCAAUGAUGUUGUAGACGCAGAAAACCAAAGGGUAAAGAACCGAGGUUGAAACAAGUUUGAGACCUCGGUGUAAGUAGUAGAGCUGGCAGAGAGCCAGCGUGACGAGAGCUAGGACAAUCGCCCAAGAUUGCCAAUGUACGAACUGGUUACGUCCAGCAACGGUCUUGAUGACCAGCUCCACCGAGGACUUGGCAAACAACAGCGCAUGAGCAGAGAGAUCUCCACUGAUGACGCCGUAAGUAAUGCCUCGAGCCAGCCGAAACCGGGCGUCGUGUGACAGGCUCGACAUGCUGUUGAUUAGAUCAACGGCCAGCGCCAGAGUGAGGACAAAGAGCGCCUGGAGUAUCAUCCAGACAAUGUAUGGCCUUCUCGCCAUGAGUUCCAACAGCUCCUUCAAAUCAUGCGCCGGCGAAGGAAUGGCUCCGAAUAUAGCGAUCAAUACAGCACCGGUUGUGACGAGAAUCGUGCCGGACAAAGACCAUCUUGUGAAAGGUUCGCUGAGGAUCAAUGAUGCACAUAUCGAGUUGAAUACGAGGCCAGCAGCCUGCAAAGUCGAAAGAACGGGGAGCGGAAGUGUCGAGAUCUGAAUACUGCUUCCCAGCAAGUUUGCUACAAUAAACAUGCCCAUGCCAAUCUGCCACCUCCUCCUUCGGUAGGGUGGCCGUCGGACAUCAUGAGGUCCCUUUUCGUCCUCGAGUAUAUGCGACUUUCGCUGCAAGGUCAGACCUAGGCUCUGAACACUGGUCGAUAGCAGUCCAACAAUAAUUCCAAGCUACAGCCGCCAACAUUAGCACUUUUAUCCAUUCACACAGCGCUGUACGCGACGUACAGCUAUGCUCCCUCCAGAAGAGAUGCCGCCAAGCAACCCCAUUGCGCCUGUGCCAGGUCCGAGGUCAUCUGGCAAGGAAGAGUUGAGGCGAAUUGUUGAGACGUCGCAUAGGCAGUGUAUGUGGUACAAGAAUCGCUUCGUGUUACUGGACUAGGAAAGGGUGUGUUCGUUUCGAUAGAUUCAAGGGGAAUGGCUGGUUGAAGCGCUAGUCGUAGGUAACGCGGGAGGCUAUUGAGCUGCCGCCGAUCGGAGAGGUAUACCAGCUGGUGCUUUAUUCGAGAGAGGACCAAAGGAUAUAGAGAAUGAAUAUGAAUACCCAAUUUGAUGCGAUAAAUUCAUGUCUUGAAUUUAAACUAAUCAAUAGAAAGCCGGAGGCGGACAAGCUUGAGUCGUGCGUGGGACACCUGACGUGAGUAGAGUACAGUAGAGCAGAGAGGCAUGCAGCUCUAACACGGGACUAGUUA